GACGCUCGUUGGGUCAGACGCUCAACAUAUUGUAUAUACUCAACGCACAACGCAUGUUGGCGAUUUAACUAAGCUUCAACGUUUCUCUUGACAUUGUGUGCAGGCGUAGGAUUCGCCAGACAGAAUAUCAAAAUCACCGAGUUAUGAGCACUCAAAAGCACAAAGUUUGCUGAUUUCUUGACAGCAGUCGCCCACGAUCGCCAUGGCAUGAAGUAGUUAUAUCCACAAACACUGCGCCUAGACGUCUUCACACCGUGAUUAUGCGCAGCUCGAAGAUACUGUGCUUUUUGCGCUUCGAAAUAGUCUCGGAGGAUUUCGUCGGUGAACCUUAGAACAGCCUCAAUACCACUAAACCUUCAAUAAAACUGAUCGGCGAGUCAACUCGGUGUUUAGUCCCUUGUCAAGGCUUUCCGCAGGAGUUAUGUUCGCCUAUAUAAUGCGUGCCAUCAGCUGUAUCCGUAUCAUCAUCGAUACUCUCUACGAACAUUCAAUCCAGUCACUCAUUCACACUUGGACAACGAUCUAUGGUGCUCCUUCUUGCGUCAUUGACAGCUGGUCUCUUCCUGUCCUCGUCGCGCGCUGCGUCGAUUUCUCCUCCAGCCCAAGCAGAACAGAUUCAGUGGGUUAAUUGCACCAAUAAUGUUCCCCAGCCAUUGCAGGCUCAAUUUAAUAUCACCAACUGGGGUGACGAUCCAAGCCUCCCGCCUCUCCCUUCAACUCUACACUGUGGAUAUCUCAAAGUGCCUAUGGAUUAUUCGCAACCAAUCGGAUCCAACAACACAAUCUCUGUUGGGAUCGCGAUGUACCGCCCGGAUAAUCCGGAGGGCGUCAUUUUCUACAACUCAGGUGGCCCUGGCGAACCUGUGGCUGUAAUGGCAUGGGAAGUGGCGUUAAACUUAACGCAAACGUUCAACGGCUUGUUGAAUUUUGACCUCAUGAUGAUGGAUGUGCGUGGCACAUUCAGUUCUAAUGAACUCAAUUGUUCGGUCGAGCUGUUCAACGAAAUACCAACCACGUUCUUUACAAACAUCAGCGAGUUUGAUGCAGUUCAAACCGGUGUGAAAAACUUCGCGCAGUCUUGCAUUGACUUGAGUUCCCCGCCUGGCAUUGUCCAAUUUAUCGGCACAAACGAAAUGGUGAAAGACUGGGAGGCCAUUCGGAUCGCUCUCGGAUAUGAUAAAAUCAGUUAUUAUGGCAUAUCGUACGGCACAUUUUAUGGGAUGGAAUACCUUUAUCGCUAUCCAGACAACUGCGAUCGCUUUGUGCUUGAUGCCGUAUUUGCUCAUGGAAUGAGCGAUGAAGAUACCGUUAUGUAUGAUAUGAAGGCAAUCGACCGCCUACUUUUGCGUGCCGACGCUUAUUGUAUGUUCAAUACAACAUGUCCUUUGCACCAGCAAGGCAAAGGCAGUAUACCCGCCGCAUUUCAAGAAAUCAUCACACAAGCGACACAAAAACCCCUCUCUGCACCAUCCUGUAUUAACUCUACCGUGUGCAAUUCAGUGGUCACUGCAGAUAAUAUACGAACUGCGAUCAACUUCGAAUUCACAUCUAAUCCCGAUUUCCCGUAUGUUGACGAAGCAUUAUAUCAAGCAACGCAGGGAGAUGCCAGUAUGGUGGGCAUCAUUGAGCGUGGCACAACUGGACCUGCUACUGACAUAGCAAGCACAAUUGUUUUCCCCCUCAUAUGCCUUGACAUUGCAUUAGACAACAAUUCAUACGCUGGGUUUGAACAGCUUCGUUCGAGUUCAUACAAGGACGACCCAGCCAUGCUGAGAGUUUCUAACAUCUUCGAUAUUGAGCUAUACUGCUCUGCAUGGCCUUUCCCAGCACAGCCAAAACAACUGUUGCCCACGAACCACACUUCUUUGAUGUGGGUCACCGCCGAUUUCGACCUGAAUCUCCCGACCGAGUUUGCCACUUUUGCAUGGGCGCAAGCACCGAACUCGGUUCUGGUAGUCCGACACGGGGAUGACCAUGGCACGUUACAAGUUCCAAACCAGCCCGCCGCGGCGAUGGAAGUCUCCUUCCUUGCUACUGGUGUGCUUCCGAACGUCACCGAUGAGGAGCUUGUCACCGUCUACACCCCGGGCAGCACUCGUGGGCCAAUUCCAGACCCGUAUUCUGUGCCCGUUGGACCUCUUGCUGGAGAAACGAGUACCUAUGCAGGGAUAUGAAGAUACAUACAAUUUUUCUCGACUGCACUUACGCAUCGACAAUCAAUUAGCUUAGAUAGGUUUGUAAAUUGAUACUUACCUAACUGCGGACAAGUGAAUAUGCUAUAUAAAUUCAAUGUUCAUAAUC